AAGGGAGCGGCUCACCUGAAGCGGGAGAGGAGGGAGCGGGCCGCGCCAGGGAUGCAGCGCCUGGCGGCCCCCGGUCGGCAAGAGUUCCCGCGAGUCAAAAUCUGAGGUGCUGGGCGGGGAAGGGCAGCGCUGAGGAUGUUGUGCCGCCCAGCCACCCUCCCCUCCCCUGCGGGCAGCGCGGAGCCGUCUUUAAUGUCGCGAUCAUCGCUUGUAAAAGACGUCUGUCCCGUUCGAGGUGCAGGGUUAACGUUGCCGUACUGCAGCCGAGUUUAAAGUUGCCCCACGCAUCGUUUUAUUCCCGUGGUUCAGGACACAGACAGACGUGUGAGGUGCUGCACGCCGCUGAAACCUUACUCGGCGUGGAGAGUUGCCCAUGUCCUCGGGGAUUUGUCGUGACAAUCCCUGCGUUCGUAUCGCCACGCUUUAGAAACACUGAUUUGCUUUCAUAGCAUCGCUCUGAGUAUAAGUUCAGAGACCUGACCAUAGAAGAACUAAAGAAUGUUAACAAGACCUACCCAAACUUCACGUUCUCCAUGAACACAUACACCUUCAAGGAUGGAUCCCAGAAGGAACUCCUGAAUUUUAGUGGUACUGUUCCAGUGAAAUACGGUAAUUCCUAUAACAUACCUAUUCAUCUGUGGAUUCUGGAUUCUCAUCCCUUUGCUCCCCCCAUUUGCUUCUUGAAGCCGACUGUGAACAUGGGCAUUUUAGUGGGAAAGCAUGUUGAUGCUCGUGGCAGGAUUUAUUUGCCCUACCUGCAAAACUGGAGCCAUCCUAAAUCAACUGUCAUUGGAUUAAUGAAGGAAAUGAUUGCAAAAUUUGAGGAAGAACUCCCUUUGUAUUCACUCUCAUCUUCUGAUGCAGCCAGGCAAUCAGAACUUCUCUCCUACAUUGCAAAGAUUACUGAAGGAGAGACUGACAUGAAAUCAAAGAGUAAAAUUGGUGGAGGCAAAAACGAAGGAUGUUUUAACAAAAUUACUGUUGUUGGAGCUGGAGAUCUUGGCAUUGCAUGUGUGCUAGCAGUUGCAGCAAAGGGUGCUGCAGACAAGGUGGUUCUUUUGGAUCUUUCUGACGGUGCAGCAAAAGGAGGGACCAUGGACUUGGAGAUCUUUGCUCUGCCAAAUGUGGAGAUCAGCAAAGAUUUUUCUGCUUCAGCUGAUUCAAAAGUUGUGGUACUUACAGUUAAUUCUCUGGGUAAUGCUCAGACUUACCUUGAUGUCAUACAAAGCAAUGUGGAUUUGUUCAGAGGAAUUAUCCCAGCAAUAUCGCACUACAGUCAGAACACUGUUCUCGUUGUUGCUUCUCAUCCAGUUGAAGUAAUGACAUAUGUGUCAUGGAAGCUGAGUGCGUUUCCGAAAAGCAGAGUUAUUGGAGUAGGUGCCAAUCUAGAUACUGAGAGAUUUCAGUAUAUACUGACAAACCUUUUGAAAGCACAGGCGCUGGCAAAAGAUGCUUGGAUUAUUGGUGAACAAGGGGAAGACAAAGUACCAUCAUGGACCAGUUGUAAUUUAGUUGCAAAUCAAAUGGAACCAAUGGCUGCUUGUAACUCAAGAGAAAAGGUGGCUAACAGAGCUAUGGAAGUUCUAAAGGGAAAAGGUCAGAGAUCUUGGUCUGUUGGGCUCUCAGUUGCUGAUUUGACUGACAGUAUACUGAAAGAUAAAAGGAAGGUUCAUUCUGUAUCCAUUCUGGCAAAGGGAUGUUGCAAUAUAAACAGUGAAGUAUUCUUAAGUCUACCGUGUAUUCUUGGAACCAAUGGAGUGAUUGAAAUGGUCAAACUAGAAGAAGAUCCACUAGUGCAAGAGAAACUGCAAAGCAGUGCAGGAUCAAUUCAUGACCUUCAGCAGCAACUGAAACUUAUACAUAUAGAGACCUAACUGUACAGGAGACAACCAGUGUUAUUACUCAGUACAAGGACCUCAAACCUGUCAUGGAUUCAUAUGUUUUUAACGAUGGUUCAUCUAGGGAGUUGAUGAGCCUCAGUGGAACCAUUCCUGUGCCUUACAGAGGUAU